CUCCCCGGAGCGGUCCCGGCGCCUGCGCAGAGGGACGAGCAGCCCGGCUCCCCGGAGCGGUUCCGGCGCCUGCGCGCUGCGGGCUCCGGGCCUCCCGGCCUGAGGCAGAGCGGCAGGGAAGAUGGCGGCCGUGGUGGAAAAUGUAGUGAAGCUCCUGGGGGAGCAGUACUACAAGGAUGCCAUGGAGCAGUGCCACAACUACAAUGCCCGCCUCUGUGCCGAGCGCAGCGUGCGCCUGCCGUUCCUGGACUCACAGACGGGAGUCGCCCAGAGCAACUGUUACAUCUGGAUGGAGAAGCGGCAUCGUGGUCCAGGAUUAGCUUCGGGGCAGCUGUACUCCUACCCGGCCCGACGGUGGCGGAAAAAGCGGCGAGCCCACCCUCCUGAAGACCCAAGACUUUCCUUCCCAUCUAUUAAACCAGACACAGACCAGACCCUGAAGAAGGAGGGGCUCAUCUCUCAGGAUGGCAGUAGUUUAGAGGCAUUGCUGCGCACGGACCCCCUGGAGAAGCGAGGUGCCCCGGAUCCCCGAGUGGACGACGACAGCCUGGGCGAGUUCCCUGUGACCAACAGUCGAGCGCGGAAGCGCAUCCUAGAACCGGAUGAUUUCCUCGACGACCUUGACGAUGAGGACUAUGAAGAAGACACUCCGAAGCGCCGGGGCAAGGGCAAAUCCAAGGGUAAAGGCGUGGGCAGUGCCCGCAAGAAGCUGGACGCUUCCAUCCUGGAGGACCGGGACAAGCCCUAUGCCUGCGACAUUUGUGGGAAGCGCUACAAGAACCGGCCGGGCCUCAGCUACCACUACGCGCACUCGCACCUGGCUGAGGAGGAGGGCGAGGACAAGGAGGACUCGCAGCCGCCCACCCCGGUCUCCCAGAGGGCCGAGGAGCAGAAAUGUAAGCUGCGGGGCCAGGGCAGGGGCCUGCUGCCAAGUGGCGCAGGUGGCUUCAGAGCUCUCGCUCUCCCCGCAGCCAAGAAGGGCCCCGAUGGCUUGGCCCUGCCCAACAACUACUGCGACUUCUGCCUGGGCGACUCCAAGAUCAACAAGAAGACGGGGCAGCCCGAGGAGCUGGUGUCCUGCUCCGACUGUGGCCGCUCAGGGCACCCGUCUUGCCUGCAGUUCACGCCGGUGAUGAUGGCGGCGGUGAAGACCUACCGCUGGCAGUGCAUCGAGUGCAAGUGCUGCAACAUCUGCGGCACCUCCGAGAACGACGACCAGCUGCUCUUCUGUGACGACUGUGACCGCGGCUACCACAUGUACUGUCUCACUCCGUCCAUGUCGGAGCCUCCGGAAGGGAGCUGGAGCUGCCACCUGUGUCUGGACCUGCUGAAGGAGAAAGCGUCCAUCUACCAGAACCAGCACUCCUCCUGAUGGGCCGCGCCGCUCGCACGCGUCUAGGGCUCUCCUUCCUCUCUCGUCUUUCAUACCCACUUUGUCCUUCUUCCUCCUCUUUCACAAGUCCAGAGAACCUUGGGGUGGUCGUGCCAACCUGCCUUUGGCAGCAGCAGACUGAGGUGGCGGCUCUGACCGCCUCAGCCCCAGGCCCUGGGGAGAAGGCCCAGGCGCACUGCCCCAGCGUCCCCGCGGGCCAGCUUCCCAUGCGCUCCUGAAUGCAUUCACUCUGCCUGCCUUGGGCCCGCGCCCUGGCCUCUGAGAAGGGGUGGGGAGCAGUUCCUUCCUUCUCCGCUCCAUCUGGUGGCGGGGCCGGCCGGGCCGGGCUGGGCUUCCUUUCCCCGGGGGCGCAGGUCGGGCGACCAAGGCCGUGCUUGCAGGAGCUUUCCUUGCCCGUCGCGCUGCUUCGCCUGACCUCUGCUCCCCAGGAUCCUUGGCUGAGCCAGGAUGCUCUCGGUCACCCCCGGGCUCUGCCCCGCCCCACUGCACCCCAGCGCAGGGGAGUCGCAGCUCACCCGGACUCUGCCUUUUGCUCACCUGGUUGCUCUCACAGGUGGUCCCUAGCGACCGAAGCAUUCGGCACCCUUGGGACUUGCUAUCUUCUGCCCUUCCCCCUUAUUCCUUUGGCUUUGUGGGGACGGGGAAAUGUCGGGGCCAAGGCAGCAACUUGGGGGCCGCAGGGAGAUGUUGGAUAAUGUGCCUGUUUUUUAACUUGAUGAAAAAGCCUACCUCCGAAAUCCCCUUUUUUGUUCUUCCUGGACCCGGGCACUCAGCUCCUGCCCGUAACUGAAUUGGAAGCUCUGCCUCCUGCUCUCCCCGGCUCCUGGCUCCGGGGGCCGGCCUGGACAGUACCUUCUGCCCUUGCACGCUCACUAGCAGCUGGUAAGGUAUUCACACCCCGAUUCCGCAUUUCCCGCCUGGUGACACUGAUGUGAAAUAGUGGGGGGCCAGUUCCUCCCAGGGUACCCUGGAGCCGCGUCCCCUCGGCAAUGGGCAGGCCCUAAUUCACUUGUUGCUUUGGAGUUGAGGAGUCUUUUUCUUUUCUUUCUUUCCUUAGUCCCUGUACUCGAAACAUUAGUACAAAUAAAUGUUUUUACACAGA